AUGCAGGAGCUACGUCUGCUGUGCUGGGCGGUCCUCCUGGGCCUGGCGCAGGCCUGUCCUGAGCCCUGCGACUGCGGGGAGAAGUACGGCUUCCAGAUCGCCGACUGCGCCUACCGUGACCUGGAGGCCGUGCCACCCGGCUUCCCCGCCAACGUGACCACGCUGAGCCUGUCAGCCAACCGGCUGCCGAGCUUGCCAGAGGGGGCCUUCAGGGAGGUGCCCCUGCUGCAGUCACUGUGGCUGGCGCACAACGAGAUUCGUGUGGUGGCCGCCGGCGCCCUGGCCCCGCUGGGCCAUCUCAAGAGCCUGGACCUCAGCCACAACCUCAUCUCUGACUUUGCCUGGAGCGACCUGCACAACCUCAGUGCCCUCCAGUUGCUCAAGAUGGACAGCAACGAGCUGACCUUCAUCCCCCGGGACGCCUUCCGCAGCCUCCGCGCCCUGCGCUCGCUGCAGCUCAACCACAACCGCCUGCAGACGCUGGCUGAGGGCACUUUCGCGCCGCUCACCGUGCUGUCCCACCUGCAGAUCAACGAUAACCCCUUCGACUGCACCUGCAGCAUCGUGUGGUUCAAGACGUGGGCCCUGACCACGGCCGUGUCCAUCCCGGAGCAGGACAACAUCACCUGCGCGUCGCCCCAUGUGCUCAAGGGCACACCGCUGAGCCGCCUGCUGCCGCUGCCCUGCUCGGCGCCCUCCGUGCAGCUCACCUACCAGCCCAGCCAGGACGGCGCCGAGCUGCGGCCUGGCUUCGUGCUGGCCCUCCACUGCGACGUGGAUGGGCAACCGGCGCCCCAGCUUCACUGGCACAUCCAGACGCCGGGCGGCACCGUGGAGAUCGCCAGCCCCAACGUGGCUGCUGACGGGCAGGCCCUGCCCGGCGCCCCGGCGGCCAGCAGCCGGCUGCGCUUCCGGGCCUUUGCCAACGGCAGCCUGCUCAUCCCCGACUUCGGCAAGCUGGAGGAGGGCACCUACAGCUGCCUGGCCACCAACGAGCUGGGCAGUGCGGAGAGCUCGGUGAACGUGGCGCUGGCCACACCUGGGGAGGGUGGCGAGGAUGCGCUGGGGCGCAGGUUCCACGGCAAAGCGGCCGAGGGGAAGGGCUGCUACACGGUGGACAACGAGGUGCAGCCCUCGGGUCCGGAGGACAACGUUGUCAUCAUCUACCUCAGCCGCGCUGGGGGCCCCGAGGCUGCAGCAGCAGGAGAAGGGGGCCCUGGGCAGCAACCCCCCGGCCUGCUCCUGCUAGGCCAGAGCCUCCUCCUCACCUUCCUCACUUCCUUCUAG